AUGAAACAGGGAAAAAGAAGAAGAAGAAAGGGCUUUCAACAGGACGCGGAAGUAAACAAUCUCCGGCUGACGUGGAGCCGUCGGAGAGUAGGACAAGUCGCUCGUAUUGGAAUUCUAUAUCAGUCGCUUGACAUUUUGCGUCGUUGAACCCGACGCGAAGAAGAAGAGCCGAGCGAAUCGAGUCGAGUCGCAGUCGCUCCUGUGGCGUUUUCCGCCCGCGGCAAAAUGGCGGACGCCAGCCGCCCGUUCGCCGGCCUGGCGUCGGUCUCCGUCCCGGAGGACACCCCCGUGGAGGGCGACAUCUCCGUGCCGGUGCGCGCGACGCCGUCGGACGACGACGAACUCUCGACGCUGGACGAGCCGGUGAAGGAGACCAUCCUGAGGGACUUGCGCGCCGUGGCCAAGAAGUUCGUGCACGUCCUGUAUCCCAAGCAGAAUUCGGAGCUGCUUCGGGACUGGGACCUGUGGGGCCCGCUGCUGCUCUGCGUCACCCUGGCGCUGCUCCUCCAGGGCGGCGCGGCGCCCCGCUCCGGCGACCAAGGGGGGCCGCAGUUCGCCGAGGUGUUCGUCAUCGCGUGGUUCGGCUCCAUCGUCAUCACGCUCAACUCCAAGCUCCUGGGCGGCACCAUCUCCUUCUUCCAGAGUCUGUGCGUGCUGGGCUACUGCAUCCUGCCGCUGACGGCGGCCAUGGUGGUGUGCCGCCUGGUCCUGCUGGGCAAGUUGGGCGCCGCGGGCUUCGCCGCGCGCCUGACGGCGGUGGCGGCUUCCUUCGGCUGGUCCGCCUUCGCCUCGUCCGCCUUCCUGGCCGGCAGCCAGCCGCCCAACCGCAAGGGCCUGGCGGUCUACCCCGUCUUCCUCUUCUACUUUGUCAUCGCCUGGAUGAUCCUCACCUUCUCGCCGGCGGCGUAGAGAAAGGGGGCCAAAGCUGAUCGUUUGUUACUCGCAAAAAGCUUGUCGGACACGACAAACGUCCUCUGCCAGACUCGGGUUUGUUUCUCGAGCAGCAAACGAAAAGCUGCCGUUUCUCCUUUGCUCUCGUGUGCGUGGGUGUCUCCAAGAGUUUUUUUUUGUAAGAGUAUGUUCCAGAAAGCACAUCGGACAGCAGGUGAACACGAGGGCUACGUUUGCCCUGAAAGCGCUUUAAGCGCCACGUGUUUGUGGGAUCGAGGACGACAACGGUGUCCGUUUUGCUUGUUUUUCUUCUCUUGUCUACGAUCGAAGCAUAUUUUUGGUGUGAUUAAAACAAACCUGGACAUGUGA